ACGGUGAAAGAAUCGGGAUUUCCCUUUCAUCACAAUGAUAUGUUAUUUGUUUAUAGCUUCUAGGUUUGGAACAAAUAAAAUGCACAUGAUUGUUGACUACAAAUCACGACUGCACCAAAUGGUAAUGAUCCUUGUACAUAACUAUCAUUCUGAACGCGGCGCAUACUUUGACCAAGUGUCAGAUUUUCCUGGGCUCCCUCUCGUAGACUGAAUGUAAACACCAACUGCGACUUUGUUUACAAGGCAUGAUUUUCAACGGGAACUUUUGCGCCAAGACACCGGUGAGGAUUUACUCCAACGGGUUUGAUAAUUCUGUCUUUGAAGUAAUCGUUCACAUACAUCAAAGGACGACAUUAGUUGUGAUUUCUGAAAACAUCAUCGCUAAAUGUCAAUGCAUCGCUUGAACUGCCAGACGAUAGUAUGAAAUCGGAUGUCAACACGAUGGAUUCAAAGUUUCGUUCAGAAGGCAGGCAUUAUUUACAAAAGCGGCGGUUAUCAUCGAAAGCUAUGAAUGGGGGUUUCGAUGAAGCCGAUCUAAACCUUGCCAUCCAGGAAAGUUUAAAGUAUGCUAAAGGACAGAAAGAUCCCGAUGUGAAGAAAGAUUCAGACAACAACCAAAAUACACUCUGUGGUCGCCCGCCGCUGUCAACCGAAGAUCACAACGCCCUGACGAGAAUGACCGGGAAAUUGUUGAAUGCGGACGGCUCGCAUCCGAAUGAAAAUAAACAGUUGAAGGACCUGUUACUUCUUCACAUUGAAUUAAUUCAGCACCAACAGGAUAUGAUAUCAAAAAGAGACAAAGAGAUCAAAACGCUAAAGUCGGAGAAAAACGCGUUACAAUGUCGCUUGGAGCGAAUGGAGCGUCGGAUGUCAAUACUCAAACAGAAGGAGGAAUCCCAUGAUACUCACGUGGCGCGGGAAGCGGCUAUUGAGGCGGCCUUGGCGAUCCCCCCAGACAAGGGGGUCAAAAGGAAAGCACAUCAAUCAGCAACAGAGAAAGAUGGUCUUCCUAGCAAGCGGGCUGCACUAGAUAAGGAAUCUCCGCGUAACCUUGGAAACCGAUCUGUGCACAGAACUGUAACAAAGACUGUGACCAAGUCCCAGCUGGAGGUGGCCGAGUCUGACAUUGAUGAUGAUGAUGAUGAUGAUGAUGAUUCGGACAAGGAGGUUGUUAUGGAAGGGGAGGAAACUCUGUUAAAGACAGACUGCACAUAUCACGUGACAUGUUGUGAAGCAAGGUCACGGACUAUUGACAAUAUUUCGUAUCCAAAUUUGUGUCGGAGUGCACGAUCACAGACCUUAGUUGAAACACCCACUUGGAGGUUCAACAAAAUAACAAACUUGUACCAACUUGAAGGGACAGAGAACCUGGAAGACGAGGUAUUUAUAAAACGACAUCAAAAGCCUGAGCUUGAAGAAAGGAGAAGAAAAAGAUGGGACUUGCAGCAGCUACGUGAACAGCGGAAUCUGCUGCGUCUGAAAGAAAAGGAACAGCGAAUUGUCCACAAUACCAAAGAAGAUGACGAGAGUCAUGUGGAGUCAUUCAUCCCUUGUCUGGAUGAUAUCACUCAUAUUGAGGUGGGAGAGAGGCUCACAGUAACAGCGUUCGGACAACCUAUCCCCCAUAUGAAGCCAUUAGAAUUUGAACUUCCCUGGGAGACCAACCGCCAGUGUACGUUAGCAUCUAGGAAAUCUACUGUGUACCGUCCCAGGAGGAGAUGAUAGGUGCUGGACCUUAUAUUGUACUAACCUCAGUAACUAGCCCGGUCUAAUGUGACUAGCCUGGUCUUUUGGACUAACCCGGUCUAAUGUGACUGGCCUGGUCCUGUGGGACUAACCCGGUCUAAUGUGACUGGCCUGGUCUUUGGGACGAGCCUGGUCUUAUGUGACUAGCCUGGUCUUGUACGACUUGUUAGUUGUGUAAGUGUUCUCAUGUGACCAGCCUGGUCUCGUGUGACUGGCUGAGCUGGUCUCAUGUGACUGACAAGCCUGGUUCUAUGUGACUAGCCUGGUCUCGUGUGACUGACAAGCCUGGUCUCUGUGUGACUAGCCUGGUCUCGUGUGACUGGCUGAGCUGGUCUCGUGUGACUGACAAGCCUGGUUCUGUGUGACUAGCCUGGUCUCGUGUGACUGACAAGCCUGGUUCUAUGUGACUAGCCUGGUCUCGUGUGACUGGCUGAGCUGGUCUCGUGUGACUGACAAGCC